UUCUAGAUACACUAUUUUUUUAGAGGCGAUAUACUCUUUACUUUUGAGAUUUCGAUUCGAGAUCAGUUGCAAUCGAUUGAUUUCAAAAAUUCAACUCACUCCCUCCUUUUCCCUCUUCCCAAUCGGAGAGUGUUAAACCAUCUGAUGGCGGAGGAAUAUAAUAAUGAUAGAAGAAACGGCGGCGCCGGCGAUGAUCGGAGCGAGGCAAGCGAUUACACGUCGGAGGACGAAGGGACGGAGGAUUACAGGCGUGGAGGUUAUCAUGCUGUUCGUAUUGGUGAUACGUUUAAGCAUUCCAGAUAUGUUGUUCAGAGCAAGCUCGGUUGGGGUCAUUUUUCCACUGUGUGGCUCGCUUGGGACACUCAUAAAUCGAGAUAUGUAGCCUUAAAAGUACAAAAGAGUGCUCAACAUUACACUGAGGCAGCAAUGGACGAAAUCACAAUAUUAAAGCAGAUAGCCGAGGGAGACCCUGAUGACAAGAAGUGUGUUGUGAAGCUUUUAGAUCAUUUCAAACACUCUGGACCAAAUGGGCAGCAUGUUUGUAUGGUUUUUGAGUAUUUGGGUGACAAUCUCUUGACACUAAUAAAGUAUUCGGACUAUCGGGGGAUUCCUCUACACAAGGUUAAAGAAAUUUGCUUCCACAUUUUAGGGGGAUUGGAUUACUUGCAUCGGCAGCUUUCUAUUAUUCACACUGAUCUUAAACCAGAAAAUAUUUUACUUUUGUCUACGAUUGAUCCCGAAAAAGAUCCAAGAAAAACAGGUUCACCUCUCAUUCUUCCGUCCAGCAAGGAAAAAGUUUUGGCCGACUCUGGAACUUCUAAAGACAUCAAGAGUUCAAAUGGUGAUCUAACCAAGAACCAGAAAAAGAAAAUCAGGAAAAAGGCUAAGAAGGCAGCCUACAAUGGUGCUGGAAAGGAAGAAUCAGAGGAAGUUGAGUCUGUUAAUGCAAUAAAUGGCGCUGAUUCUUGUUGCAAUGAGAAAUCAAACGGAGACUCCCUUGAAGAGCAUGCCACUGCAUCGGUUGUAAAAGAUGAAUCCAAUGAUUUUUCUGAAGCAAGGAAUUCUCGCCAAGGAAACCAACUUCGUAGGAGAGGAAGCCGCUCAACAAGGCAGAAGCUAUUGGCAGAGGUUGACGUUAAGUGCAAGUUGGUUGAUUUUGGYAAYGCAUGYUGGACUUAYAAGCAAUUUACWRGUGACAUCCARACUAGGCARUACAGRUGUCCAGAGGUKCUACUAGGWUCCAAAUACUCRACMUCYGCWGAUCUAUGGUCAUUUGCAUGYAUAUGCUUCGAGCUGGYMACUGGUGAUGUUCUCUUUGAUCCUCACAGCGGUGACAACUACGACAGGGAUGAGGAUCACUUGGCCCUAAUGAUGGAACUUCUUGGAAUGAUGCCUCGAAAGAUAGCUUUAGGUGGGCGCUACUCUCGGGAUUUCUUCAACCGACAUGGUGAUUUGAGACAUAUACGGCGGUUACGUUUUUGGCCUCUAAAGAAGGUUCUUAUGGAGAAAUACGAGUUCAGUGAAGAAGAUGCAAAUGAGUUGUCUGAUUUUCUUGUUCCUAUACUCGAAUUUGUCCCUGAGAAGAGGCCUACUGCUGCACAAUGCCUUGCUCACCCAUGGAUCACUGGAGUACCUCGGCAUCUUGCUUCUGAGGAAACUGAUAACAAGACUUUGGAAAGUAAGAGAGAGAAAGAUGAGAGGGAAGCAAUGGAGGUUGGAAUGGGGAACAUAGCAAUUGGGGGAGUUUCAAAACCAGCACUAAGAUAAGCCUGCUAAGUUUCAAAGGGAUGGAGCACCCAAAUAUGAAUCUAGAGAUGGUGGCAUUUUCCCCUCCAUUGAACUUGGUGGAAGAUGAAACACAGUGAGUUCAGUAUAUCCUUGAUGUCCAUGCUGAUUGUGAAUGAGGUCUUUUGUGAAGCAUGCUCAAUGAUGUGUAGCUACAAGUAUUCUUUGUACAAUUCAUGGAAUAUUCUGUUAUCGGAGGGAUAAUAUUGGUAUUGUUUGUAAUGUGGUUGGUGACAAACACAAUUUGCACAUUUUUAUUGGAGUUUGUCCUGAUUUUGU